CUCAGCAUGGGGCGACGACAACAACUGCAGCUCUCCGUCUCGGUCACGCCGCAAGGGUGCAGAUCUCGAACCAAGCUCUCCUUGCUCUCCGUGCGCGCCGCUCGAAGACAUCGCACGGCCCGCGCACGAUGGACAAGACCAAGGUCCUCGCCGCCGGCGCCGCCGGCCUCGCCGCCGGUCUCGUCGUCGAGCGCCUGCGACGGAAACAGAAGGACGUGACGGGCCGCCACGACGCGCGGGUCAUCGUGGUGCUCGGCGCGCAGUGGGGCGACGAGGGCAAGGGCAAGCUCGUCGACGUCCUCGCCGGCCGCGCCGACGUCGUCGCGCGGUUCAACGGCGGCGCGAACGCGGGGCACAGCCUGGUCGUCGACGGCAAGACCUACGCGUUCCACCUGCUGCCGUGCGGCAUGCUGCGGGCGGACUGCGAGAACGUCAUCGGGAACGGCGUCGUCGUGCACCUGCCGACGCUCUUCGAGGAGCUGCGGCAGCUCGACGACGGCACGGACGCGUCGCUCGAGAGACUAGUCGUGUCGUCGCGCGCCCACGUGCUGCUCGACGCGCACCGCGUCAUCGACGGCAUGAUCGAGGACGAGAAGCGGGGCCGGAGCACGGGGUCGCUGGGCACGACGAAGCGCGGCGUCGGGCCGGCCUACGCCUCGAAGAUGAACCGCAACGGGCUGCGGUUCUGCGACCUCGUCGGGCCGGACGACGUCCUCGUCGAGCGGCUCGGCGCGCUCCGGGCCUUCCAGCACGCGCACUACCGGGGCUGCGUGCCGCCGACGCUGGAGGCGGACGACGAGGAGCUCGGCAAGCUGCGGCAGUUCCGCGACCGCCUCGUCGCGAAGAACGUCGUGCGGGACACCGUGACGCUCCUCCGGGACCGCAUCGCGGCGAACCGGACGAUCCUGGCGGAGGGCGCCAACGCCGCGCUGCUCGACGCGGACUUCGGCACCUACCCCUACGUCACGUCGUCGUCGACGACCGUCGGCGGCGUCUGCACGGGCCUCGGCGUGCCGCCGAGCCAGGUCGACUGCGUCAUCGGCGUCGUCAAGGCCUACACGACGCGCGUCGGCGCGGGCCCCUUCCCGACGGAGCUGGGGCUCGACGCGGGCGCGGGCCGGCACCUCUCGAGCGUCGGCCACGAGUACGGCACGACGACGGGGCGGAAGCGGCGGUGCGGCUGGCUCGACGUGCCGCUGCUGCGGUACUCGCACGCCGUCAACGGCUACGACAGCAUCAACCUGACGAAGCUCGACGUGCUGACGGGCCUCGACGCGCUGAAGAUCGGUGUCGAGUACGCGAUCGACGGCGAGGUGCUCCCGCGGGGCUACAUGCCGGCGUCGCUCGACGAGCUCGCGCGCGUGGACGUGCGCUACGUCGAGCUGCCGGGCUGGACCGAGGACCUGAGCCUCUGCCGCGCGUUCGCGGACCUGCCCGCGAACGCGCGGCGCUACGUCCGCGCCGUCGAGGAGGCGCUCGGCGGGCGCAUCUCGUGGGUCGGCGUCGGCCCGGGCCGCGACGACAUGUUCGUCAUGCCCGGCGUCCAUUAGCCCGCUCGCAACCCCCGACCUCUAAGUACCUCGCGCGACUACGAACUAUGCAC